UUUUUUGUUUAGUUUUUUUAAUUUUCGAACACCCCCCUUUCCCCUGAACUGAACAAAGUGUUGCUAUCCCCAACAAAAACACUUUUUAUUGUCCAACAUUUCUAUUUGGCUCUACUUUUUCCACUUGGCAUUUUGCUACAGCAACAAGUGUUGCUGGCUACCACCGACAGCUCAUCUAUUUUUACAAAAAAAAAAAAAAAAAAAGAAAUGCAAACGACAUAUUAGCUGCCUUUCAGUGCGCCUUGGCCACCCAGCGAAGGCUAUCACUGCCGUGACACCAGGCUGCGAUGAUCGUGUCCAACGUGAGCCUGAGCGGCUGCGCAGGGGUCAACAGCGCUCUGUGUGCCGCAGCCGCGGAAGGGCACUUCGAGGGAGGCUCACACCGGACCACCCUCACACCGACAGGGAACCUGAUCGUGGCUGUGUGCCUGGGCUUCAUUGGCAUUUUCGGAUUUAUUAACAACCUGUUAGUGCUCGUGCUCUUCUUCCGCUACAAGAUACUGCGGUCGCCCAUCAACCUGCUCCUGAUUAACAUUGCCAUCAGCGACCUGCUGGUGUGCGUACUGGGGACUCCGUUCAGUUUCGCCGCCAGCAUGAAGGGAAGGUGGCUCAUAGGAGAAGGCGGCUGCGUGUGGUACGGCUUCGCUAACUCCCUCUUUGGCAUCGUCUCCCUGAUCUCCCUGGCUGUCCUCUCCUAUGAGCGCUACAGCACCAUGGUGGCGCCCACUGAGGCGGACUCCUCCAACUACCGUAACAUCUCCCUGGGCAUCACCCUGUCCUGGGUCUACUCCCUCAUCUGGACCAUGCCGCCACUUUUUGGCUGGAGCCACUAUGGUCCCGAGGGUCCUGGGACCACCUGCUCUGUCAACUGGACGGCCAAGACGGCCAACAACAUAUCUUACAUCAUCUGCCUGUUUGUCUUCUGCCUCAUUGUGCCGUUCCUGGUGAUCGUGUUCUGCUAUGGGAAGCUGCUGUGCGCCAUCAGACAGGUGCACGGGAUCAAUGCAUCGUUGAGCAGGAAACGUGAGCAGCGCGUGUUAUUCAUGGUGGCAAUCAUGGUGACCUGCUACCUCUUGUGCUGGCUGCCGUAUGGCAUCAUGGCCCUGAUGGCCACCUUUGGGCCGCCGGGCCUGGUCACACCCGUGGCAAGCAUCAUCCCCUCACUACUGGCCAAGACAAGCACAUUCAUCAACCCAGUCAUCUAUGUCUUCAUGAAUAAACAGUUUUACAGAUGUUUCUAUGCCCUGCUGCGUUGUGAGGCGGCACCUCGACGAGGCUCGAGCAUAAAGAGCUCCUCCAAGGUCGCCACCAAGGUCAUGAGAGCAGCAGUCACUAGUACCCGCCGCACCAACAACUUUCUAUUAUUGGUAGCCACCCUGGGCCAAUCGACCGCCACCUUGCCCCGACCAGACCCCUCAGUGGAAGCAACCAUUGAUCAUACCAAAGGCCCCUCUUCAGACAUUGACAAACCUGUCGUAGCACUUGUGGCUGAUGAUUGGCUAUAACCAUAAAAUUACUGAGGCUCGGAGAGCAGCAGCCUGCCAAUCCAGGUGGAGUUGAUGCUGCGAUUGCAUCAGCUUUACCCCAGCUAGUAGACAUGAUUGACCAUUAGGAAAGCCACAUCUUGGACUGCUUCGGGACAAUUUACUCUCAGAAGCUACGAGUCUGCGUUUCUCUGCAGAUGAUGAUGUUGUUAUAAUUUUUGGAGAAACCCAAUUAUGUUAAUAGAAGAUAAUUGAGGGGAUCAUUCAUCUUCUGCAAUAUAUAAUGUUUGGUAAGUAUUCACUUGUGAAAAAAAUGCGUUCAGAGUGCAAGAACGUUGCAUUGAUUGGUUACUGAGUGUAGUUACAGACUGGAGUUCAAGAACACAAGUUGUUUACUACCCUAAAUCAUUUUGAAUUAUUUUCUAGAGUAGACAAGGUUAACAAGAUAAGAGAGUAGAGUGAUAGUGGUUAUAAUUUUAAUAUGUCUUCUUGGCUUUUUUCCAAUGUCAGUUAUUUGUAUUUAACUGAUAACUUGUCACUUUAAAAUGCAUCAGUAGUUUUCACUUCCGUUGUUAAAUAAGUCUUUUGAUGGAAGUAGCAUUGCUAGCAGCACAAACAUUUUGUCAGAAAUAGUGACUUAGGAAUAAUGAUGUAGGUGCAUGUUGGAGAGUUACUGUAUAGUUCCUAUAGAAUGUGCAUGUGCACUUUUGCAGUAUGACAUGCAAAUGAGACUGAGAAAUACAGUAUCUAGUAAUAUUCAGUUGAUGGAACAGAGAUUAUUGAUAC